AUGAAGUGGUUCACCAGCCCAGCACCGUUUGUCGUCUACCGUACAGUGAUAUGCCUGUACCAGAUCUGUACCUAUGCCACAGCCCACUCGCUGUACGGCAUCAGCCCCAAAUCGCUGAUCUACCUUACCGAACUGGGUUACAUCAUCCUUACCGCGCACUCCAUCGUCAGCGCCAUUCUCUGCUUCCUCGACUUCUUCGGCAGCCGAUGUUGCACGAAAUCACCCGAAGACCACCCGAAAACAGCCGAAGAUCAUCCGACUUUUCCCGACGAGGGCUUCUCGGCAACGAGGUCUACCGACGCCAUACACCAGACGAGCCAAUCGCUCACACUCCCUUGGUACUACAAAGGGUACUGGGUCUUGUACAAUGUGGCUUUCAGCACUGGGUUGUACAUCACGAUUGCUUUCUGGGCACUGCUCGCGGAUGACGAAGGUGCCUACAGUAUUCUGUUCCAUGCCAUCAACACAGUUGUUAUCGUGAUUGAGGUGUUGGUCACCGGUUUGCCCUACCGUCUGCUCCACCUCGUCUACCCGUCGGCCUUUGGGUUUGCGUACAUGCUCUUUACGGUGAUCUACUGGGCGGGGGGCGGUACCGACUUCUUCGACAGACCCUGGAUCUACCCGGUCAUAGAUUACGGAGGAAACCCGGCUCUCGCCGCCGGUGUCGCCGCUGGCAGCGUCUUGGUGGCCAUCCCGCUGUGUCACGUGAUCCUAUUCGGUCUCGCGCUUGCUCGCGAGAUGUUGUCAGGUCUCGUAAAAGGACGCAUGCGCAGCGCAUCCAUCAGUGUUCGAAUGGAACAGCACCGAACGGAAGAACGUGCAUAAAAUCUAUCAUGAAAGUUCAUCUCUGUUGGUAGUUACA